GGGGACAAACAGCUGGUUAGUGAUGCCUUGAUCCCGCCGCCGAUCGGGCUGUUUUCCACACCAACAAACGCCUUUCCCGGAGCCACUGAAGGAAAUGACCGAGAGGCCUUACAGAUAGUUUGUGCUUUUGUUGCUCCAGUUGUUUGCAGAGAGACCCCUAUCUGAAAGCACAUUUGUUUCCGUUGUGAGUAUUAACUACCUCAGGCACUGUAAGCAGAUCAAGACAGUGCCCGGCGAUCUCGAUCUCGAUAUCUCUCUCUCUCUCUCUCUCUCUCUCUCUCUCUCUCUCCCCAGCAGCUGUGUCUGUUCAACCAGCCCUUUGAUCACCCCUGACUGGACCGAGACCAGCUGUACAUCACUUAGAACCCUCUGACCGACUGGAUCCGUCAGAGAGCCGCACAUCUCCAGUAGCCUCGAUCGUGUCAAGGCGACAUCAUCCUGUAGCUCGCAUCCUCCUCCAAGACGGAAUUUUCCGUGCUUACUGUUGAACAUUUUCACUGUUUUUCCUCUUCUGAAAUUUCAUAUUGUUUUUUGCUGACAGAUUUUUAAGAUUUUUCUAUUUUAAGUAGAGGUCUACAGAAAACUAGAGUUUGGAAAGUAGGAUUUUUUUUUUUUGCUUCCAUUUGAUGGAUUGAUUAUGCACUUUGGAUGUCCCGGAUAGAAGCUAUGCUUGGUGUGAAAGAGAUGGGUAAAGCAUUUUUUACUUGAGAGGCACCUGUGAACCUAUUCUAAUGGAAAAUAACAGUGACUAAGAGAAUUUGUGCUGUUCCAGUGGGAUAUUUUGUUGUUUUUGUGCAAACUUUUUGAUACAAGCUGCGUCUAGAGUUGCAGCUGGACUGCAAGAAUUCCUCGAACAUUUCCACUACACUUGCUCUCGCUCCCUCUUCAGAGUGGAAUACUGUCAUUACUUCCAGUGUGAUGGAAUUUUUAAGUUAUCUAUUUACUUGAUUCCAGAAGACCGAAAUUAGUUAGUAUUGAGAACUCGUUUAGUUUCACAGAGUAGUCCACUUUGCAAGGACUGACACUCCAGGGCGUAUUGAAUACUUAUGUAUUGUUGCAGUGCACAAGAAAGUAAAAUGGACUACAAGCUGCGCUUUUUGCUUGGCGGGUCCAAGCACAAAGGUCAGCAGCACCAGCAAUUCCAAUUGCCUGAGCUCAGCCGGACUCUCAGUGCCCCCUUGGGCUCUUCUUGCUCAGCUCCAUCUCCCAUGGCAACCAUAGGCUCCUCCCCCUCCAGCUGUCAUGCCCCUCCCCCGGGCACAGCCACGGCGAUCGCAGACAUCCAGCAAGGCAUCUCCAAAUACCUGGAUGCGCUGAACGCAUUCUGCCGUGCGAGUGCGUUCCUCACGGAGAUCUUUGGCAGUGUUUUCCGGGACUCCCGUUACUCCAAAGCCGCUAUGCAACUGAAGGACGUGCAGGAACAUGUCAUGGAAACUACCAGCCGGCUCACCACAGCAAUAAAGCCCGAGAUUGGCAAAAUGCUGAUGGAGCUCAGCGCAGGCACAGCUAACUUUAAAGACCAGACCGACUUCAGUCUGCAGGACGUUGAGGUGUUAGGUCGCUGCUUCCUGACAGUGAUGCAGGUGCAUUUUCAGUUCCUGUCGCAGGCACUGCAGAAGGUGCAGCCGGUGGCACAGUCCUGCUUGGCAGAGGCGCUAGCACAAGUUCAAGGGAGGCGUGGUAACGCCCACACCCAGAACACAAGCACCGGGCCCUUGACGGAGCUGGAGGAAGCCGUGCGUUCAUGGAAAGGAGCAUCAGAGGUGACGGCGUGUCUCAGGGAGAGAGGGCAAGACAGCUGUCUGUCUGGCAUUCAGGUUCAGCAGCUCUUCUGUUCUCAGAACACCUCCAUACCUGAACACCAACUUAAAGAACUCAACGCCAAGAUCGACAACGCUUUACAGGCAUAUAAAGUGGCGUUAGACUCUUUAGGUCACAGUGAAUACGCACUGAAGGCCGGAUUUCACCUUAAUCCCAAAUCAGUGGAAGCAGCUUUGCAAGGCUGUUGCAGUGAAGCUGAGGCACAGCAGGCAGGCCGGUUUCACACCACGUCUCAGGCCAUCCAGUGUGAAUUACCCACAAUCCCCGUUCAGAUCAGCUCUCAUCUCCUCAGAGGAGUUUCCUUCAAUGAAAGCGCAUCGGACAACCUGAAGCUGAAAACGCAUGCAGUACUGCAGCUGAUCAAAGAUGCGGUGGAUCAGAAUGGUGUGGCGGUUCGAGACGAUUCCCCCGUGACAGAAGUGCUGAGUCAGGUGUGUCCUUCCAGCUGGAGAGGAGCCUGCAAGACUGCCGUUCAACUGCUGUUCGGACAGGCCGGACUGGUGGUGGUUGACACUGCUCAGAUCGAGAAUAAGGAAGCUUAUGCGCCACAGAUCUGCCUUGAAGGAUCAAGAGUCAUCAUCCAAGUUCCCUCCACAUGGUGUCUGAAGGAGGAUCCAGCCACCAUGUCUCUGUUGCAGCGCAGUCUGGAUCCAGAGAAAACCCUUGGCCUGGUGGACGUGCUUUACACAGCUGUCUUUGACCUUCACCGCUGGAAAGAGCGCAAGGAACAGGCUUUGCCCACCAUUCAGAUCCAGCUGCAGCGCGACAUGAGUGAUUACGGCAGUCACACCGAUCUUCCUCCCGGCAACAGCACCAAAUCAUCGGGCGGCCUCCCCAAAACCAUCUCCAAACUCACCUCACGAUUCACCAAAAAAACCUCCUCGAACUCUAACGCGGGAGGGAGUUACUCGAUUCCCAGCACGCCCUCUCGAAGCGCCCUGAACAGCAACUCCGAUGACAAACCUGGCCGUCUGCACAGCCUACUGCAGAUGAGCAGUAUUCCGUGCACACCGGACGCAAGCCACGCGCAGAUCGCAAAUGGAGUGUCCUCUGAUGAGCAGGGCAUGAACCUGCCCACCGACCGGGAGAUGCAGGAUGUCAUCGACUUCCUGUCAGGAUUCAACAUGGGAAAAUCGCAACAGGCAUCUCCGCUGGUAAAGAGGCGGAACUCCGUGGCGUCCACUAAUGCGGCCGACUUGAAACCGCCCAGUGGAGUGGCUCCGCCCACCUCACAGGCUCAAAUAUCCCAUAAUACCUUGCAGUCGCUGGCGCAAAGCCUGCAGCAGUCAACACAAACGCAACAACAGCAGCAGCCGCCCUCAACACCAAAACAACAGCAGCUUCCACCGCAGCCGCAAACACAGCAACAGUCGCAAGCUCUGCAGUUCUACCAGCAUCUCUUGCAGCCAAUUGGCCAGCCGCAGCCUCAACCCCAGGUACAGCAGACAGCCCCCGUUUCUCCUCAACUCUCCUUACAGCAGCCUCCAACCUCACAGCCAAUCUCGCAGCAAAGAGGCCCCAGUAAGUGGCCCCAAGGCCCCUUGGCCGGCCUCUCCCCGAUCGGACCCCUGUCUCAGUGGGCAGCCCCGGGCCUGCCCGACCUCAGCUCUGACCUGUAUAGUCUGGGACUGGUCAGCACUUACAUGGACAGCGUUAUGUCUGAGAUGCUCGGUCACAAGCCUCCACAGGGCCCGCGCAACAACACUUGGCCCAACCGAGACCAAAGUGAGCAGAGUCUGUUCGGAGUGUUGGGAGAAUCUAUGCCCUUUGACCCUGCAGUUGGCUCCGAUCCAGAGUUUGCGCGUUAUGUCGCCGGGGUCAAUCAGGCCAUGCAGCAGAAACGGCAGGCGCAGCAUGUUCGUCAUCCCAGCAGUGCCCGCAGCAACUGGCCCCACCCUGACGACCAGCACAGGGGCUGGACACACCCAGAAUACUACAGUGAAGGGGAGGCGGUCAACAGUGGCUGGUCAACCAAUCAGGGUGACUCAGCCAGUUCGAGUGAUGAGGCCUCCUCAGCCAAUGGGGACAGCUUGUUCUCCAUGUUCUCUGGGCCUGACCUGGUGGCAGCUGUUAAGCAGAGACGGAAACACAGCUGUGGUGAACAGGAAGUGUGCACUCUGCCCUCUCCUCCACUCCACCACACCAGUGACGACAAUAACCAGGACAGCAAAACUAAAACGUGGCCUCCUAAGGCCCCCUGGCAGCACUCCUCCCACUCCAACACGAUGCACAAUCCCAGCUCUUCCCUCUAUCAGAUGACCAUCCCCUCCAGCCAAUGGGGAGACUCCAUGCAAAUGUUGCAGUCUCCAGUGUGGUCGACAGCUAAUGACUGCCCUCCAUCCUCCGUGAUCUCCUCCGGCUUUCCGUUCACACAGCAACAACCACAACAGCAACAGCAGCAGCAGCAGGUCUCCCAGCACAAGAUCCUGAGCAAAGGCUUUAAAACCUUCCCACUAAAACCUGAUCAUCGACCCUCGUACCUGCAUCAGUACUGAGCUGGACCCAUGCUGGGAGAGGUCACCCUAUUUCUAAUCUAAGGGCAGUUUUUACAUAUUUGAGUUUGAGAAAUGCUCAUGAUGUGAGUGAAACCAGAUAAACCAUCUAAAGGCAACUUCUACUUUGAGUUCUGAGCCCAAACGAGACGGUGUUGUGAGAAAAUGUACUGAAGUGGCACUGGGUUUAGUGUUUGGGGGACGUUUCAGACAUUUAAGGCAGGUGAAGGAUAUUUGAAUACUUUUGUAAGGCUUGUACGCUGGAGCACAGCCCUCAUCCGGGACUUCGUAGAAACCUAGCUGAGAUUUUCACCUUGUGGUAUCAAGUUUUGCGCAAAACUACACGACUCUGGUCAAGACUCCAACCUUGUAAAUUAGAUUUUUAGUGUUUUUAUAGGGAAAUUUGCAUUUAAAGUUAGUGGUUAAUUACAUUUUUGUACACACAUGCGUGUGAAAAUCCCCCAAACAAACGUAACUGCCUUUCAUGCUGUCCAAAACAAUACAUGAUUCAUGUUCAAAGCAGCUAGUCAGACCAUUACACUGGCAGCCGGUUUAGCCCGAUUUCCAUAGCACCACUGAAACACAUUCUAGAACUUUGAACCAACAGCGCAAAGCGCCUUGUACUAAAUUCUCGUUCUUUCUAGAAGUCCUCAGUCAUGCUGGGUGUUGCAGGUUUGCGUUUACACGCUGUGUUUCCCGAGACAAGUUUUUGAUUUGCAUGGCCAUUGUCCUCACUCAUAGCGCGCUACUGCAGCCGCAUUACGAAGAUUUGGGAUGUCCUGGUUCGAUAACCGGACAUGCCCCCAUAACAAUACUGUGUUUAAAUAGCUGUAACUGCCAAAUCUCAUGUCGGAUGAGCCAGAAUGCAGCUCGCAGCUAACUGUUCCAUAGCUUGUAUAUGACUCAAAAUAGAAAAGAAAAAAAAAUAACUAUAAAUAUUUACUUUUUAUGAAGAGGCUUUGAGCAGGCUCAGCAGAAAUAUAAUAAUCAUAGCAGAGGUGUCAUUUGAAAGAAAUAUACUACUUUUUUUCAACAUCUGACAGAUUAAAAAUAAAAAUAAAAAUGGAAAAAAGGAUGUUAGUAAGUAAACUGUGUGCCAUGUUGUUUUGAAUAGCACUUGCAGGUAUUUUCUCUAACCAAAGUAUUGUUUAGAAGGGGGAAAUGAAAUAUAAAGUGCUUGAAAUAUAAAGAAAUGCCGUUUGGGAGCUGUAGUAGUAGUUAUACAUAUGUAGAAAAAAAUUUGUAUGGCCAAAAUCCUCCAUGUGCUUUUGUUUUUCCGUUUGGCUUCCUUCCGAAAGACACUAACACAUACAAUAAAGAUAAAAUGUUAUUCCUUUCAAAUACAAUAUAUUUCUUGUACAAAUAUUGACAGUAUUAAUCUUAUUUUUGUAUUUUCUUACACAUUAUACCAUUACUGUAUAUGCUAGCGAAAUAUAGGCUUAUUAUUAAAACAUAAUUUUCCCAAGAUGUGAAGCACAUUUUUUCUUUCCUAUAGAGUUUAACUGUAUCUUCUUUCUGCAGAGGUUACCAAAUACGCCAUUAUAAACACUAAUAAAUGGUCCUGGUAGGAUUGGGGUGUUGUUUUUUUGUUUUUGUUUUUUACCCAGAUUCCUUUGGUUUCUGUGGUAUCAGGCUGGAUCUUAAAAGCCCAGAAUGUUAAAUUUUUUUAUUUUUUUUUUUGUGACGUUUGCCGAUGCCAAUGUUGCCUGUAUUUAUGAUAUGACCAUGUUUUCUGAAAAACUAACAUACUUAACAUGUUUACAGAGAAUCGUUUGCUGUAUAUAAAUAUAUCUUUUUAUAGUUCUGUGCUUUGCACAAUCAAAAUGUAGGUUUGUUGCUUUGUCAGUGUUUGUUCUCCCAAACUGUUGCAUUUUUGUUU